GAUUUAUUUAUUUAUUAUGUAUACAGUGUUCUGUCUGCACAUAUCCCUGCAGGCCAGAAGAGGGCGCCAGAUCUCAUUACAGAUGGUUGUGAGCCACCAUGUGGUUGCUGGGAAUUGAACUCAGGACCUUUGGAAGAGCAAGCAGUGUUCUUAACCUCUGAGCCAUCUCUCCAGCCCGAUUCAGGAUUUUAAAUGCUGGAAAUUGUUGAUGUUUUUGUAUUCAGCUGUCCAUUCUUCUUGGCUAUGUGUGUAUGUGGCUUCAUUUCAGCAUCACGUUCUUCUCCACAUCCCUCUAUUAAAUGUCAUUCUACUGUUGAGCGGUGUGAGCUUAAUUACUCUUCAAAAAUAACUGUUUCAACUACCUUCCCAUUGCACAUCAGAAGCCAUCGGCCCACUGCCUGUUAAGCUGCCUUCGAAGAAAAGGGCACUGUACCUUUCCCGGAUUGCGAAGACCACUUCAGGGAUGGUGCCAUACUGUCCUGGCCUCAGAAGAUGCCUUUUGAUAAAGCCAUAACCACACUUGUUUUGGCAAGAAUCAGUAGUCCUUUGUUUCGUGUCCAUUUUAUCCUGUUGUCAGCAGUUGAUUCGAGGAUACUUUGUUGUCCAGUGGCUAACUUUUGCCACAAUGAAAGUUAACUCCAUAUGCAGUUUCUUCAAUGCCCAUAUUUUCUCUGAAGUAGAUUGGUACUGCCAGGAGCCGACAUGUCUCAUAGUCAUAACAAAAAAGAAAAAUUUUCUAAGUUAUUGAAACAUUUUAAAUGCCAUAUUCUGUAGAUCUCUGAAGGGUUUGAAGAUAACCUGUCUAUCUAAAAUAUAUCUACUCAAUCUUGAAAACAUACCUAAUAUGACUACAAGUUCUAUUAUAAUGUCUAACUACUAACUUUCAUUUCUUUAUAUCCUAAUAGUUGGUAAUAACAUUCAAGGAUCAGAAAAUUGCAUUACAUUGUUAGAUGAACGGUACAAUUAGAAAUAUACAUAUAACAUUUUCUAACAAUAUCAAUUUCAAUAUAUAUAAUUUGUAUACAAUAUAAAACAAUCCAAUCCAAUGUAAAGUAUUUAUAUUUUUCUUUUCUUUUCUUUCUUUCUUUCUUUCUUUCUUUCUUUCUUUCUUUUUUUUUUAACCAACGAAUGUAGAUCAAUAAGGGACAGACAGGGUAAUCCUCUGCCUCGAGCUUCGGGAAACUCCCAGAGGGGCCUCAGGCAGGCCCCCAAAGUAAAUCCAGUUCAAACCUUUCCUGCAGUUGUAGAGGAAACCCCUAGUCAAAGCAAGUAAAUAACCAAAUGUCUAUUGGAAUAAAUCAUGUUGGUCGAGAUGAUGAAACAGAGAAAAUAGGAAAAAACAUAAAGAAAAUUUUUUGGCAAACUUCUAUUAAUGAACAAAGACCAAAACUAACAAUAAAGAUAAAUGGUGUUUUGUUGUCUGGUCUGGUAGACACAGGUGCUGACAUUACCAUAAUUGCACCAGAAUUUUGGCAUCCAACUUGGCCUCUUCAGGAGGUAAACGUUCAACUGUUAGGAAUUGGGACAUUAUCUCGAGUGAAACAAAGUGCAAGAUGGCUUGAAUGUAUAGGUCCAGAAGGACAGAAAGGAAAAUUAAAACCAUAUAUGGCUAACAUAGCUAUGAACCUGUGGGGUCGAGACUUGUUACAACAAUGGAAUACUCAGAUUAAUAUCCCUCCAAUCUCAGAAACAAAUCAUAAAUUAGUACAUGUUUCUGAGAGAAAUAUUAAAAGAUAUUAUUCUAAUGAGUGCUCACCAGCCAUCCAUGUCAUACAAGAACAGGGCACAACAACUGAUAAUUUCCCAAAAACACCAACAGCUCUCCCUUUAAAAUGGUCAACAGACAAGCCUGUAUGGGUUCAGCAUAUAUUAUCUUUUUAAUAACAGUUCCAGGAAAGGCGCAAAGCUACAAUCUCAGAAGAAAAUAAAAGAGAAAAAGAAACAAAAAGGUGGGAAGCUAUUCGCCCCUCCUGCCUCUGCCUGUGGCUGUACAGUCCUGCACCCCUCAAAACACCCCCCACCCAACAAAAAAAAAACAGAACGAAAAAAAUAGUUAAAAGGACGUUUCCGGAGCGCGCCUCCGUGGCAGAGCGCCCGUCUCGUGUAUGCCGGCACUGCAAAGAGUAGGGGACGUCCCGCCGAUACCACUCGCGGUCAGGUGAAUGAGCGUCAACCGAGACCCCGGCUAGAGUUGGCUCCGUGGUGAAGAGCACUUGCUGUUCCUGCAGAAGACUUGGGUUCGAGUCCCAGCACCCACACGGUCGUUCACAACCCUCUGUAGCUGCAAUUCCAGGGCAUCCGACGCCCUCUCCGCCUGCAGCGAGCAUCAGGUACGCUCGUGUUUGCACACACAUACGUACAAACACAAAGUGAAUCCUAAAGGGGGGGGGGGUCGUCCGGAACACUCUCCUUGUCCUCCCGUUGGCGCACGCAGGCAUCAUCGCGUAGCGAACUGCAAACGCGCGGAGCCCCGGCCGAAUAAACGCAGCGCCCCCCCCCCCCCCCAGGGCAUUUUCAGUCAGGCGUGCUCUGGACAGCCCCGGCUCCUCAGGGGCUUGAGGCUGAAGAUAAUGAGGUUGUAUCCGCGGAAGUCCGGUGCCGAAAGGCUCCCCGAGACCAGGAAUAGAUAAUUACGCUUUCCUUAGAGCUUCUGUCGUCCUGGACCUCGGAUCCUGCGCCCGCCCCCGUUCUGAGGGAGCCGACAUUGUAAGCAGGCGCACUUCGGGCAGCCCUUCCCGGCGUCCCUAGCGACAGCGUCCCGGGGGCCUCUGGGGGCCUCGGAGCAAGAUGGCGGCGGCGUCGGGGUCCGAGAGGCGCGAGCGGAGACCUCCGGGGCGAGUGUGAGGAGGGGUCCCGGGGUCCCGGGUAGCUCCGGGCCGGGGCCCCGCUGCGGAACGGACCAUGCUACGUUCUACCGGCUUCUUCCGCUCCAUCGACUGCCCGUACUGGGCGGGAGCUCCCGGGGGGCCCUGCCGGCGGCCCUACUGCCACUUCCGGCACCGCGGAGCUCGGGGCCCCGGCGCGCCCUGUGGCGGCGGUGCGGCGUCUCCCGCAGCAGGGCUUGGCUAUGACCCGUACAAUCCGGAGCUGCCUCAGCCCCCUGCGGAGAGAGAGAAUGGCGUGCUGGGCCAAGGCGAUGGCAUGCUGGAGCUGGAGCUGGUCAACCAAGCCAUCGAGGCUGUGCGUGGUGAGGUGGAGCUGGAGCAGAGGCGCUACCAGGAGCUCCUGGAGACGGCACGGGGGCACGGUGCUGGGGCUUCAGCCCUGGCACCCUGCAGCCCUGCCACGAGCCUGGAUGAUGACGACACCUUCUCGCUGGCCCUCACUUAUACACCAGGGGGCCUGCUGAGCCCAGACUCAGGCUACCAGCCCACCCCACUGGCUGCCCCUGCUGAACCAGGUCAAAAGUACUCAUUGGCCCCUUUAGAGAGGGGUCAGGGCAGAGUUGGAGGGGGCACCAGUGCCCUGGAGUAUGUCCCCAAGGCUGUGGGCCAGCCGCGCCGCUGUGGCCGACCGGUGUCUGGUGGCAAGUAUGUGGUGGACAGCUCAAAGCCAUCAACAGAUCUGGAGUACGACCCACUGUCCAACUACUCAGCUCGGCACCUUGGCAGGGCCAGUACCAGGGAUGAGAGGGCCGCCAAGCGGCCGCGAGGCUCCCGGGGUGCUGAGCCCUACACACCUGCCAUCAAGAAGCCCUGUGACCCCUUCGGCGGCUGUGAGGCCAGGUUCUCAGACUCAGAAGAUGAGGUGGCUAGCCCGGCGAAGGCUGAUGUCAGCAGCCCCAAGGCUGGGGCUGAACCUGAAAGCAAGGCGCCUGGGAAACCUGCUUCCAAGGAGGGUCCGGAGCCCGUGGAGGGCAGCCUGCGGGGCACCAAGGAGAUGGCUGUGCAGUGUGACGUGGAAGACCUCGGGCAGCCUCCGAAAGCAGCAGACACAGUAGCUCGGGCCCCUCACGAUGCCGGGGUCCCCAAGGACGGCAAAGCCAAGAGGAAGAAAAGUGGGACACCAGCCAGCCUCAGCCACAAGGACAAGGCCCGCAAAAGAGACAAGAAGAAAGACAAGGACCCGGGACGGCCCCGGGAGAAGGAGAAGGUGUGUGCAGACAAGAAGAGGACACAUGCUGGCAGCCCCCGGGGCAAGGCCCAGGGCUCCGAAGGGACCAAGAAAAAGCCAUCCAACACCACUGCGGUGGCCAGCUCAGGGAAAGGGGGACCAGGCCGCUCCUCCAGUGGAGGGCCCCGGCCCCAAGACUCCGGGUCUGGCCCCCACGCACCACUGGCCCGGAAAGGCGGCAGUGAUAGGAAGACACCAUCAGGGAAGUUGGUGGAACGCAAGGCCCGCUCCCUGGACGAGGGUGCCCCCCAGGAAGCCCCUAAGCUCAAAAAGCGGGCCCUGAGCCAUGCUGAAUUAUUUGGGGAUGAGAGCGAGGAGGAGGACUCAGGCUUGGGGGCCAGGGCACCCCGGGUCUGGCCCCCCACCCUUCCCAGCCUCAGCUCAGACUCAGAAUCAGACUCUGACUCCAGCCUGGGCCUGGGUGAGACACAGGUGCCCAAGCGUCUCAAGGCCGAGCUACCCGCAUCCCCCGCAUCCCCCGCACCGCCCUCCCCACCCUCCUCCUCCUCCUCCUCCUCUGGAGCCAGCCAGUGUGCAGAGGAGGAUGUGGACUACUCGGCCCUGGAGAAGGAGGUGGACUUCGAUGCGGACCCCAUGGAGGAGUGCCUGCGGAUCUUCAAUGAGUCUACCAGUGUGAAGACGGAGGACAAGGGCCGGCUGGCCCGGCAGCCCCCCAAGGAGAAGGCUGUGGAGAAGGCGCACGCAGACCUGACCACUCUGUUCCCGGGGCAGAAGAGAAGGGUCUCCCACCUCUGCAAGCCAGGCAAGGAGGCGGAGGCCCCAAGGAGGGCCCCCGCGGCCCCCCCAGCCCGGCCCCCGACUGCUCAGGAGGUGUGCUACCGGAGAGCACAGCAGGCGCAGAGGGCCUCUGCCAGCUGGUUACAGGUGGCCCCGAGGCCGACGGACAGGCUCUCCUCCGUGCAUAUCUCUGCCCCUGGGGAGAAGAGGAGGAUUGCUCACGUACCCAACCCCCUCCUGGCCACCACCCCAACAGGUGCCAAGAGGGCGCUCCCUGCCAGCAGCAGCCAGGUGUCCCACGGUCCUGAACCUGGCAGCCAGCCACUGAAGACGCGCACGUUGUCAGGGAUGGCAUCAAAGACCACCACCACUGUCACCCCCAAGCGCAUCGCCCACAGCCCAUCACUCCAGAGUCUAAAGAAGCCCGUUAUCCCGAAAGAAUUUGGCGGCAAGGUCCCCACUGUGGUGCGCCAGCGCUAUCUCAACCUCUUCAUCGAGGAGUGCCUCAAGUUCUGCCCGUCCAACCAGGAGGCCAUUGAGAAGGCACUGAACGAGGAGAAGGUGGCGUAUGAGCGCAGCCCCAGCAAGAACAUCUACCUGAACGUGGCUGUGAACACCCUGAAGAAGCUGAGGGGCCUGGUCCCCAACACCGUGCCCAGCCUCAGCAAAGCCAGUGGCCGCAGAGUUGUGUCCCACGAGGUGGUGCUGGGAGGCAGAUUGGCAGCCAAAACCAGCUUCUCACUGAGCCGCCCCAGCAGCCCACGGGUGGAGGAGCUGAAAGGGAACGCCUUGUACAGCCGCCUCAGGGAGUACCUGCUCACUCAGGAGCAGCUCAAGGAGAACGGCUACCCCUUCCCCCACCCAGAGCGCCCAGGGGGCGCCGUCAUCUUCACGGCUGAGGAGAAGAAGCCCAAGGACCCCUCCUGCAGAAUUUGUUGUCGCUGUGGCUCCGAGUACCUUGUGUCCUCCUCGGGCCGCUGUGUGCGCAGCGAGGAGUGCUACUACCACUGGGGACGGCUGCGGCGGAACCGCGUGGCCGGGGGCUGGGAGACGCAGUACAUGUGCUGCUCGGCUGCGGUCGGCGCCGUGGGCUGUCAGGUUGCCAAGCAACACGUGCAGGACGGCCGGAAGGAGAACCUGGAGGGCUUUGUGCGCACCUUCCAGAAGGAGCUGCCCGAAGAUUCCCACGCAGGGGUCUUUGCCCUAGACUGUGAGAUGUCCUACACGACGUACGGCCUGGAGCUGACCCGCGUCACAGUCGUGGACACAGACAUGCAGGUCGUGUACGACACCUUUGUCAAGCCCGACAACGAAGUUGUCGACUACAACACCAGGUUCUCGGGGGUGACGGAGGCUGACCUUGUGGACACAAGCAUCACACUGCGGGACGUGCAGGCCGUCUUGCUGAGCAUGUUCAGCGCUGACACCAUCCUCAUCGGACAUAGCCUGGAGAGUGACCUGCUGGCCCUCAAGGUUAUCCACGGCACGGUGGUGGACACCUCAGUGCUGUUCCCGCACCGCCUGGGCCUGCCCUACAAGCGCUCCCUGCGAAACCUCAUGGCCGACUACCUCAGACAGAUCAUCCAAGACAAUGUGGACGGGCACAGCUCCAGUGAGGAUGCCAGCGCCUGCAUGCACCUUGUCAUCUGGAAGAUCCGAGAAGACGCCAAGACCAAGCGAUGACUCCCCACCCGCCGCCGCCACCAUGCCACGCCCCUUUCCUACAUCCCUGACUGCCCUUAGCCCCGAUGCCCUCAGCCCCGAUGCCCUCGGCCUCUUUUCAAACUGUAAUAAAACAUGACAGCUGACCAUGCGUCUCCCGAGCUCAGGCUACAGGUCUGGAGUGGCCCUGAGCUGGGGCCAAGACCGACCCCCUGAGCCCAGCCCCACACAGUCCUACAUGUCACCCUCAGCCCUGUCCCCUGUGCCCACUCAGCCCCCACCCUCCCGCUGCACCAGGCAGUGGCCCGCCCUGCUCCUUUGUGUAUAACGCAGCUGACAGGACAAGCCCUCAUGGUUUGAGACGGGGGUUGUCUUUUUUUACUUUAUACUGUUAUUUUUAUUAAUUUUUAAUUUAAACCUGCUGACCCCACAGUUCCUCCUCAUCAGAGGAGUCCAGCCCUGGAGCCAUUGGGAUCCAGGGCCUGAACCCCACACAGUCAAUCCUGUGGGCUUGGAUGUCUGCCCUGCCUUGUGGGGUGGCUUCCAGAACUCACCCGAACCCACCAAGACUCCCCAACCUCAGAGCCAAGCCAGCCCCAAGGAAGGCCUGACCUUCCAGGGCCUCUGGGCUGCCUUCCAGGGGGCUGCUGCCUCUCUCCGUGGGUAGGAACAGAAUAAAUGUUUGUAUGAACUUUAGAUUUCAUAGUGUGUGGUGCUUUGGGGGCCAGGCAGGACCCCGACACACCCCCUUGUGGCCCAUGUCCCAGUGGCCAGGGUCAAGGAAAACAAAUUAUUCCCUUGCCCAGAAACCAUCUCUGAUCCCAAGUUGGGCCCAUGCCACCCUGCUCUGGGGACCUCUGUGAGAUAGCCCAAAGCUUGGGUAGGCCGUGCUUGCCCGCCCUCCCUCUUCUGAGGGUCACCUUGUGUCUCGAGUGCAGGCUGCUGGUGUGGUUUCAUCGGCUGUUGUGAGCCCAGCUGCUUAGACAAGGUCCAGAGUGGAAACCAGGAACCCCUGCCACCUGGUGGGUGUCUCGAGAAAGGGCCUGGCCAUCAAGGCCACUCUGUCCCUAUGCCAGGAAACAAAUUUUGCAGUCCUCAUGUCCCAUGUGACUUCGGCAUGAUUGGCUUCCUCUUGGCAGUUACCUGUUGGGCACAGAGGAGCCCCAGAGCCAUCAGGCCCUGGCUUGGCCAGCUGGAAUUAGAACCAUGCAGGGUGACCCAGCUGUGAGGGUCAGGGCAAGCCUCCUGUGGGGCUGUGGCUCAUGGCAACGGCAGCUUCCAGGGGUUACUACGCGGUGUAGGGAGCUCUUGGCUGCAGGGUCUGUGGGAGCUUCCUUGGUUAAGCCGGGCCAUCUACCCUCAGGGUUCUCUUGACCAAUUUGUCCCCUCUUCUACCUUCUGUAAAAAAGUUUUUUUAAAAAAAUAAACGGUGCCGAUGUAUUCACAAGA